UAGCUGUCAGUAGGAAAUGCGGGCUGUGCGGACUGUGCGUGCUGGAUGCUCCCAAGCCGCCGUGCAUGGAUAAACCGCCACAGUUCGAGCUUUAGUUUGAGAAUGAAAGGUUUCCUGGGUUUGGUGAGGACGCCUGGAGCAGCUCCGCGCGUCUGCCUGAGAUAACAGAAGCGUUUAGGUUAGCUGGAAGCGCUAAUGCUAAUGAGGCUAACGCCAGCUAGCUGCUAACAGCCUGCUAGCUCACUGUUUCCAGGACGUCUGCUCCUCCGGUUUCUCCUUCCAGUCCCGCUUGGCCGCUCAUUCCCCCGCGUUUGACUUUUUUUUUAGAUUCCCUCUCAAACGGAGGAGGUAACGGAGCCGGAGCUGUGGCGGGGGGACGCACCGACACGAACCCCCUGGCUCUCCAGGCGGACGGAUAUCAGUGACACGCCGGUCGUGGGAGAGAUCUGAGUGGAACCAUGGCUGAGCUCUCCACUUUGUCCCCAUCACCACCUGCACUGGGCGACCCCCAUGCUGCGCCGUCUGUCCCUGCGUCCAGCAGCCCGGCUCCAGAGACAGCCAGGGAGGUGCCCGCUCCAAAGUCUUCCCUGUACAACGACAAAGCUCUGGCGGGCUUGGCCUCCUCUCUACAGCCACCUCAGAGCCCCCCCAGCCCCCCCGCUAAGCCCCCCGCCCCGCCGACGGUACAUGGAGCUGCUCCACUGCAGGAGGAGUCAGCAGGGAAAGACACGGAGACUGCAGCUCUGGUCGUUCAGGAGACGAUAUGUGACACGGCUGCAGCAGAGCUCCACCACACUGAGGCCCCCAGCACUGAGGCCCCCAGCACUGAGGCCCCCAACACUGAGGCCCCUGCACUGGCUAGUGAGCCUUCAGCUCCCAGCGAAACCCCUCAAGCAUCCUCCUCUCCUGAUGAAAAUCCCACUCCAAACCUGUACCCCAGUGUGCAUGUCGCCCACAACCCAAACCCCGUCCCGGACGAAGCUCCAGUGACGGUGGUCCCGACCGAAACGGCUCCGUCAGCUCCAGCCACAGCUGAGGAGAAGGUGGAGGAGGAGGAGAAACCUCAGCCGCCCCAACAAGCACAACACCCUCAGAGCGAACCUCCUCCAGUGUCCCCGAAGCCUCAGCUGGACGCCAGGAAGGGGGACCCGCCCACCACGCCCCCCCGGGCGGAGCACCCCAGCCCCACCGUGCCGCUGAUCCACGAGCCCGCCUGCCCGCUGCCCAACCCCAACCCCCGGCCGGCCCCCGACACCCUCAGCUACCUGGAGUCGGCCAGCCUGAUGUCGGGGACGCUGGAGUCUCUGUCCGGACUGGGAGAGGACGGCAGCUCAGUGGGCUCAGACUCCGAGAUCAACGGCCUCACCGUCCGGCGCACCGACAAAUACGGCUUCCUGGGAGGGAAUCAGUACAGCGACGGCGGCGAUAAGGAGGUGCGAGUGGAAGUAGCCAGACAGAGGGAGAUGAAAUGGCUCGACAUGUUUGCUAACUGGGACAAAUGGAUCAAACAUCGCUUCCAGAAGGUGAAGUUACGCUGCAGGAAGGGAGUCCCAUCGUCUCUCAGAUCCAAAGCGUGGCAGCUGCUGUCGAACAGCCAGGAGCUUCUGCUGGCCAACCCGGGGAAGUUCGAGGAGCUGGAGCGAGAGCAAGGGGAAGCCAAAUGGCUCGACAUUAUAGAGAAGGACCUCCACAGGCAGUUCCCCUUUCAUGAGAUGUUUGCAGCUCGUGGUGGCCAUGGACAACAGGACCUGUACCGGAUCCUGAAGGCCUACACCAUCUACCGGCCCGAUGAGGGCUACUGCCAGGCCCAGGCGCCGGUGGCGGCCGUGCUGCUCAUGCACAUGCCUGCUGAGCAAGCCUUCUGGUGCCUCGUCCAGAUAUGUGAGAAGUAUCUUCCAGGUUACUACAGCGCUGGACUGGAGGCCAUCCAGCUGGACGGGGAGAUCUUCUUCUCUCUGUUGCGGCGCACCUGUCCCAUGGCGUACCGCCACCUGAAGAAGUUCAAGAUUGACCCCAUCCUCUACAUGACGGAGUGGUUCAUGUGCAUCUUCUCCCGGACGUUGCCCUGGGCCUGCGUGCUGCGGGUGUGGGACAUGUUCUUCUGCGAAGGGGUGAAGAUCGUGUUCCGCGUGGGCCUGGUGCUCCUGAAGCAGAUGCUGGGCUCGGUGGAUAAGCUGCGGGAGCUCCAGGGCAUGUACGAGACGAUGGAGCGCCUGCGGAACAUCUCGCCCGACAUGAUCAGAGAGGACAUACUGGUACAGGAGGUCAUCACGCUGCAGGUGACGGAGGCGCUGAUCGAGCGGGAGUGCAGCGUCCAGGUGAGGAAGUGGCGCGAGUCCCGGGGGGAGCUGACUCACCAGCCGGGCCGCCGGCUGCACGGCACGCGGGCCGUCUACGAGCACAAGCGCCGCGCCGCCGCCAUCACCUCGGGCGGCAGCUUCUCCUUCCUGGGGAGCCCCGUGCCGCCGCCGGGGCCCCUGAGGGCCUCCUCCAGCCUGCUGUCGCUGCCCGGCUUCCGGAAGUCCAAGGCCCCGUUCCACUCCCAGACCAAGAAGGGCUCCUUCUCGGGGCCGUCGGGGACGGACGGCCCGCCGCCCCACUCCCCGCCACCGGCAGCGGCGGCGGCGGUGGCGUCCAGCCCGAGCCGGGGGCCCGGCCACAAGCCGCCCAUCCCGCCGGGGGCCGCCCAGCGGGCGCACGUCCAGAGCCCGCUGGUCGGGGGCGCGGCCCGGCCCGCCUCCCCGGCCCCGCCCCCCGCCACGCUGUCCCCCUCCCCCGUCAUCGUCUCCGAGCACAUCACCCCCACCAUCCCCUCCCCCACCGCCAACAACGCCCCGCUGGCGCCCUGCCCGGACUCCAGGAGGGAGGCGGCGCCGGCGGCCGACGCCCCCAACCCCGAGGAGGAAGGGAAGAAGAAGAAGAGGAGCAAAGAAGACAAGAAGAAGGAGAAGGACGACGAGAAGAAGAAGCAGAAGGAGAAGAAGGAAAAGGAGAAGGCCGAGAAAGAGAGGAUGAAGAAGGAGAAGGAGCGUCUAGAAAAGGAGAAGAAGAAAGGAGCCAAGAAAAAAGACAAAGGCGGAGGAGAGGCGGAGGACAAAAAUGGAGCCGCAGCAGCGAAAGAGUCGGCCUAGUUUUCCACCCGGUCAUUCCAGGAUCAUGAAAAGGAAAAAGAAAAUAGGUCAGAGGGGCCGCAGACCCCCGAACAGAAAGUCAUUGAUUAAAAAAAACAAAACAAAACAAAACAAAUGGGAAGCUUCCUGUGUCAUACAUCAUGUUGAGACUCCAUUCAGAUCGAGUACUGUGGUGGACGAAACUGGAUCACGCUUUUAAAAGCACCUCGGGGGCUUUCAGCCUCGGGCUCAGUGCUUUCCUUUCUUUUUCUUUUUCUUUUUUUUUUUUUCUCUCUGAGUUUUAUUAACAUGGGACAGAUUUCCUUUGUCAACUGGAGCACAGGCUGUGGAUCACAGUCCUCUUCUUUUAGUUUUUUAAAUUCUCUUUCUUGGUUUCAUUUUAAUCAACUCGUUGGUGGAUUUUGAAGAAAAAAACAAAAAUCUGAACAUCGACCGAAGGUAUUGUUGAAGCGGGCGUAGACGUGGCGCCGCGGGUGGUGUAAAUAAGUCGACACUCCUCGUCACCUCUCGUCCGCGGGAAGAAGAAGUCAUCUCAGACACCGGCACCGAAGACGAGCCGCAGUGACGCCGUUGAGGAUGUAUUUAUUGUCGUGUUCGCUGUUGUGAGUGAGUGUGUGCCUUAGUAGCUGUAGUGAAAUGUUAGUGUUUAAUGUGCGGCCUCCGACCCCUCGAGCUCCGCAGAGGAGGAGGAGGCUGAACCCUGGCGCAGAAUGACGUGUGUGUGAGUGUGUGUGUGUGUGUGUGUGUGUGUGUGUAGAGAUUUGUGAGAACCUGUAAAUGUCUUCACAUCCUCCCACUCCGCUCUAUUUAGUGAGCUUUUCUGCCCUACGACUCGACUCACAGGCUGUGUAGCGAUGACUGAGCCUUGCAGUCGACCCUGAGGGUAAAAAAGCCCACCAUUAAACCCCCUCCCCUCCUAAAAAGAGCCGACUGGAGGCGACGACGGACGUUUCCAGGUGUAAAUCUUGUCUCAGCUCACAUCCAACACACACGAGUCAUUCUGCUCCGAUCAGUAACCUCAUAACAAACCAGACGCAGUGCAGCAGGUGUGAGUUUUGGGAGCCUGUUUUUCUUUUUCUUUUAGUUUUUAGCCGUUUCAGAAAACUCGACUUCAUGUUACAAGAAUCCAGAUGUAAUCAGCCGUUGGUGUGAAGGUGUUUCAGUUGAGCAGCCGGACGAGAAUGUGAUCUGAAGUAUCUUAAAUGAAGGUUUUUAAUAGUUUGCGUCUGUUUGUGUUUGCACUCGCUGAUUUUCGUCGCGGAGCGCCGCCGAAGCCCUCCGCUCUGGUUUCAGUGUGGUGAAGGAGAAACGAGCCUCCGCCCGGAAGGACCUAUAGGAAGCCACUUGACUGGAGGUGCCAAUGUAGCAUUAACCUCUGAUCUCUCAUGUAUUUAUGUACAAAGUGGUUAAUUUAAUCAGAUAUAGUAUAUUAUGAAUUCUUAUUAUUUUGAAUCUGACUAUUUUUCUAUGACUGAGAGACGCCUGCUUGACUGGAAGGAUGGGCGGCGGCACGCCGCGGUCGCAGAGGGAUCAUUUGAAGUGUUUUUGUUUUCUUCUUUCUUUGCACGUCGAGUCCUCUGCAUGUCUUUUUGCUAUUGUUUACUGUCAUUGUUGGUUCGGUCAACUUAACGAGUCUCCGGUUUACUGAAGGGCAGUAUUAAACGGGAAGAAGGAAAACGAAUAAACGAAACGAAACAAAACAAAACGGGCCUCCAGCAGAACAAACUGACUGAAGGCGCUCCGUGUGGCGUCCGGUGUUUGUUAUCCAGUUACAUAUUGCACCUUUCAGUGGUUCAGACCGAUGAUUUUACUUUUUUGGGAGUGGAGGAAGUUCUUUGUACUGUAAAAACCUACUAAGAGGUGACGGAUGAACCUGGACUAGUUCUCUUGAAUUGGUGAUCUUAACGUCUGUUUUCACCCAGCGUGUCGUAACGUUCAUGACUAAACGGACUGACGCCCUCGUCUAUUUACACUCAGUGUUUCUGUACUGUAACAUAUUUAUGCAUACAUUUGAAAAAGGCACUGAACCCCGUCAGUAUGCGAUGAAACGUGCCGGAUAGUUUAGUGUAAAACCGUUUGAUGGCAACGAAGUCUAAAAAAAAGAAAAUAAGAAAAAAAAAAAAAAACUAAAACAUCGAAGCUCUUUAACUGUUUUUGUAGUUAAUGAUUAGAGGGACUUUCGUGUAAUUGUAGCCAACAUGUCCUCCAUAAUCACCGUUUUCCCGCCUGUUUCAGGUCUUCACACGGCUGUCGUCACACACACACACACACACACACACACUCAUAUACACUCCCCUCCUCGUUUUGGCACAGAUCAGUGUAGUGUUGAACAACCUGAACACAUCUAUGCAAACCUCCCUCCAUCAUGACUGUUGGUGUGUGAGUGUGUGAGUGUGUGUGUGUGUGUGGCAGCAGGUCACACACCCGGUGUUGACUGUGACACCUGUAAAGAGCAAUACGUCCCCCGAUGGCGUCUCCGUCCGUCCGAACGGAGGACGGGAGCAGACCAGCCGCUUCCAGCAGGUCCGCUCUGCAUUUCAGCAUCUUCCCCGAGUCGCCUGCUACCCGAGAGCGACUCUGCUGAUGCUCAUAUUUAAAAAAAAAACCAACAUGAUACGAAAGUGUUUGAGCUGUGCCCCCCCCCCCCCCCCCCCCCCGUGUCUUCUGUGUCUUUUAAGUUUACACGCCUCUCUUCUCUCUCUAUCUCUGGCGAAAGUGAAAUUAAAUCAUAGCUAAUUGAAUUCAUUCCUUCAGAUCUAAAGCUGAUGUAUUUAUAAUUAAUGAUGAUGACAUUUGUGAUGAGUAAUAAACUAUAAUAUAUUAAA